AUGAGAGACUUAGGUGAGGUGAAUGACUGUUUGCUACUAAAGUGGUGGUGGAGGUAUGGAAGUGAAGACAAAGCUUUGUGGAAAUCUGUGGUGUGUUUAAGGUAUGGCAGAACUGGUGAGGGUUGGAUACCAUCAGUGACCCACACAGGUGGAGUGUCCAUUAUUUGGCAGGAUAUUGUAAAGCUACCUUCAGUCAACCAGCACCUAGGUGAAUUUUAUGGUGAUCAUUUUAAAGUAACUGUUGGUAAUGGAAGGAGAAUAAAGUUCUGGUCUGAUGGCUGGGUCCAUAACAGAGGAUUGAAGGUGGAAUUCCCCAGAUUAUAUCAUUUAUCCAUUGAGAAAGAGGAGCCUUUGCAACAACUCAGUGCUAAGAAGAGUAACUCGAGGGUGUGGCAGCUUCAAUUCAGAAUAAGGCUAUUUGCUUGGGAAUAA